UCCUCUCCCUUGUGUCUUUCAGCAAACGGGGGUUCAGCGUCCGGUCCUUCGGAACAGGAACCCACGUGAAGCUUCCAGGACCAGCACCCGACAAGCCGAAUGUUUACGAUUUCAAAACCACAUACGAUCAGAUGUACAAUGACCUCCUUAGGAAAGACAAAGAACUCUACACGCAGAACGGCAUCUUGCACAUGUUGGACAGAAAUAAGCGAAUCAAGCCCCGGCCAGAGAGGUUUCAGAACUGCAAGGAUCUGUUCGACCUGAUCCUCACCUGCGAGGAGAGGGUGUACGACCAGGUGGUGGAAGAUCUGAAUUCCAGAGAGCAGGAGACCUGCCAGCCAGUGCAUGUGAUCAACGUGGACAUCCAGGACAACCACGAAGAGGCCACGCUGGGGGCGUUCCUCAUCUGCGAGCUCUGCCAGUGUAUUCAGCACACGGAGGACAUGGAGAACGAGAUCGACGAGCUGCUGCAGGAGUUCGAGGAGAAGAGCGGCCGGGCCUUCCUGCACACUGUCUGCUUCUACUGAGCCGCCGCCCGCCCGCCCCGCUCCCCGCUCCCGAGAUGCCCGCGCGCGGCGGCUGCGCCCACGCCCGCUGCCCGGAGCAGACGGGAUGAGGCGGAAGGCCAGGGGACGGCAGUCAAGUCUUUUUAUCCCACUUUUACUCACGAGUGGGGUAUUGAGUAUGAAGUUUUUUUCUUUAACCAAAAAAGGAAAAUGGUUUAUAGUACGUUUCCCCCAACAUACCUGUUUUCCGUUGUGCUUCCCGCCCCUGCCCCGUGCCUGGCUGGAGUGUACAGAUACCUGAAUAAAGCCCCGGCUGUAUCUUCUCAGGAGAGAAACUGCAACUGUCCAAUAAACGUGCUGCUGGUCACCUCC